CCUCCCUCCCUCCCUGGGAGCGAGAAUGCCCGUGUUGUACUGACACUGUACGAGCGAUACGGGCUGAGCAGACAUGGAGGCCCGACUAACGAGGGAGGCCCGUGCCGACACGUCCCGGCCCAGCUAACGGCGACCCGGGAGCGGAUUUUCGCAGCGCCGGCGGGAGACACCACGGACACCAGUCGCUCACUUGGAAGAUUAAAUAUGUGGCCACCACGUUGAUACACACGAAGGGAGGACACAGAGCUAAAUAAUGUGAACACCGUUUCUGGACAAUCACAGAGUUGAAGGACGGAGAAAGAGGGCUGGACAGCCGAGGAAGGGAGCGAAGCCGCCUCAAAUCAAGGAGAGCUUCACCCUCACCGUUAUCCCCCCUCCCCCCUUUCCCCCUUCACCCCCAUCCCAUCCCAUCCCCUGAGAAAAACUCUACCUGGUAACCACAACAUCCCCUCCCUAGUCAACUUGUACACCCCCUAAAGUUCUGAUGGAUCAGAAGAUGCAGGGGGGAACUGCAACUCCUCCCCCUCUUAACUCAGGUGCUCCCACGGGGGAGCGAGAGAAGGAUGGAGGAGGUGGAAAGAAAGAAGAAGAGGAGGAAAAGAAGAGGGACAGAGAGAAGGAGGGAGCUGCCACUGGCUCAGCUGGUACUGGAGGGGAAGGUGCAGGUGGUCCAGGAGGUGGCGACCAGUCACAUUUCUCCAUCAAAGAGAGCAGCCUGUCCGAGGGUAAUGUCAAACUUAAGAUUGGCCUUCAAGCAAAACGCAUGAAGAAGCCACCUAAAAUCCUGGAGAAUUAUGUGUGCCGUCCAGCCUUCAGGGCCACUGUGAGGCAUACAGGGCGUGGAGGCGGUGCCCGUGGAAACCGUGCAGGGGCUACAGGUGAUGGGCCAGGCACUCAAAACCAGUGUCCUUCAAAUGGCAGGGAAAAAGAGAAGGAGAAGAGUCCCAGUGUCAACAGACCACCCCCAUCAUCUUUAUCAACCCCCUCUUCUAAAGCUCCUACUCCACCUCCUCCUGCUCCUCCUCCUGCUGUCACCACCACCCUGUCACCCUCCCAAGUAAAUGGGAGUGCUCCAGCAAAAAGGGGUUCACCAAAGAUAGAUAGCAAGGCUGACACAAAGCCAGACUCAAAAGCAGCAGCCACCACAUCUGAGAGACCCCUCAACCUUCACCGCUCUCCUCCAGACAGUAAAACGCAUUCCUCUUCGAAGAAAGCACCGAAUCCACAACUCAACCCCAGGACAUCCUCACCUUCUCCACCACUACCUGCAUCAAAAGAACCCAGUUUUGAAGGUGCAAAACUGCCCCAAUACGCCUACAGUACUGAAAGUCAGAGAGACAAGGACAAGAAUCUCCAAAGCUGGGGAGCACCCACAGUCACUGAGAAAUUAGCUCAACUCAUAGCGACAUGUCCACCAACAAAGACCCCAAAGCCAGCCAAACCCACAAAGACUGACUCCACUCCUCCUCUCCCAAACUCAGGCUUCAUGGCCCCCACAGCCAAACAGCGAGACAGGGCUAUGGCCAAUAGGAACACGUACUCAAGAAUGGUCCACCUUUCUCCACCACCUCCCGUAUCACGACCACCUGGUCGGCCGUAUGGUUCUAGGAACAAAGACAGUGUUAUGGAAAAUUCACCGCUGAGAAAGGAGGACACAGAUGGGGCUGGGAAAGCAAGUAGCAGCAGCGGUAACCACAUCAGCAACAGCAUGAGCAGCAGCAACAGCAGUAGUCGCAGCAGCAGCCCAGCACUCACGUAUGGCAAUAAUCGCCUGUCAGCCAUUUCAAAAGACAGUAUCAGUGACAACAGCAACAGUAGCAUUUCUAAGGCCCAGUCGCGUCCUGCUCACUGCCAACCCCACGCAGCAUCCUUGCCAUCCUGUCCUAUUUCAUCCUCUUCCACCACCUCAGCCGAGCAGAGGACAGUGAGUGCAGUGAGUCACCUGGGAUCCCCGGUUCCCUCGCAAGGACACCAUGCGCGUGAGAGUCCUGCACUAGCAGAGGAAAGCAGUGCAAGUGAACUGGAGCAGGACAGGGACAGCCCCAGAGACUUAACCAAGUGCCCUCCCCAAACAGGAACAGGAAAGCCAGAAGGGAAGGACAAGGGGGGUAAUAAUCAGUCACUGCGGGUUGAGAGGGGGAAGAGCUCUAGUCCAAGUAAGCGCAGUCCCAACCGGGAUGGUAGUCGACCUGGCCGGACUAUCAGUCUCCCUGAGCCUGUGAGACAAAGGGCACCUUCUCCAUUAGAUCCAGAUGGUGAUGAAGGUCCACAGACGCCGCUUAGAGACGACUCUCCUGAUUCCUCCAUAGACUCUCCUGCAGAGCAGGACAGCAAACCCCUUAAAAAACGCAGGGGAAGGAAACCCCGCUGGUCCCGUCUUAUGAACAAGACGCACAGUCAAAGAACAGGCCACGACAGUCCCUUCGACCAGAGCAAAACCACCAUGCCUUUAUGUUCAAGCUUGGAAACAGUGUUGCCACCUGUUAAAAGACCAGUGGGCCGGCCUCCCAACCCAAAUAAGGUCAAACCAAAUCCUGUGCCACAAAGUCCAGUGUCACAGCUUUUCCCAUGUCAGCCUAAGAAAAGGGGAAGGCCAAAGUCCAAAAUGCCAAGGCUUGAUGCCCUGGCCCAUGGGCACCCACCUAACAAGCUAGCCCCCUCCAAGGUCUUUUCAUCUCUACUAAAGUCCAAAGAAGAGCAGGACCCACCUGUUCUUCACCCAGAGGUGGACUUCAACCCCCCUAAGCCCAUGCCUAGAAAACGUGGACGUCCCAAGCGCCUUCCCCCUACCUUACCACAGGAGGGUCAGCCUCCCACAUUGGCUCCAGAGUCAGGAGACAUGGGAGAGAAACGGUUCCGCAGUAAAGGAAAUGGGCAGCUCAUCAUGAAAACUAUUAUAGGCAAGAUCAAUAAGAUGAAAAGUGUGAAAAGGAAACGCAUUCUCAGUCAAAUCCUGUUAGGCCCAAGACCAGAGGAACCCCCCAAAGGCCCUCCCAGUGGGGUGGUUGGUUCGGUGGAAGCUACGACCCAAUCGUUGUCCUCUCUGGCAGCUUCUUUUGGGGGAAAACUAGGGCCACAAAUUAAUGUCAGUAAAAAGGGCACAAUAUAUAUGGGUAAGAGGAGAGGCCGUAAACCAAAAGCAGCGUCAAAUUCCUCAGCUACGCCUCCACAAGAACCUUUCCUCUCCCCAAACACCACUUCCCCUCUCCAUCACCAUCAACAGCACCCGCUCUCUUCAGAAGUCUUCCCCUCUCCUUCCCUUUCGCAGUCUAGUGGAGGUCACAGUCCCAUCAGUGAUGCCAGCUUUGUGGAGCCGGGCUCAGUGCACUUUGCAGGUCAUGCUCACUAUGCUAACUCCCAUCAUAGCCACAACACAUUCUCCUUCUCCCCCCCAACUUUUUCUGCCCCUAAUCCUCGUAACACAGGGCUGGGCUCGACAUCGUCAUCUAUGGCCACAGCAGCUUCCCAGAAAAAGGCAUCUUACAGAGGAUACCAUCAUCACCACCACCAUUAUAGGCAGCACUACCAUUAUCGUAAGCUUUCCCCUCCUCGGCCGCUUCAUCCCACCUCCCCUGCCCCCCUCAGUGAGCUAAAAGAAGCCACUCCAUCACCAGUCAGUGAGUCACACAGCGAGGAGACAGUGCCUAGUGACAGUGGUAUAGGAACGGAUAAUAACAGCACUUCUGACCGUGGUGAGAAAGUGGGAGGAGCGGGUGGCUUGGGUGCAAUUGGCUUGCCACCUGGGAUGGGCAGUGGAUUAUUAAUGCCAGGGGUCAUCAGUUCAGCCAUGGGUCCAGGAGUGGGACUUAAUUCUAGAGGCAGGCGGCGACACUCUGCUGUGCUCAUGGAACAUCCCUCACCCUCUCCAUCACCUCAUGGGGCGAGGUCAUCACCUGAUCCCCGGAGACCUCACCCAGCAGCCCCCGCCGCUUCUUUAUUGGGACACAAGGAGAAACAUAAGCACAAAUGUAAACGCCGCAGCCACGGGUGUCCUGGCUACGACAAGCUAAAAAGACAAAAGAGGAAACGCAAGAAGAAGUAUCUGCAACUGCGCUCCCGCCGACAUGACCCAGACUUUCUUGCUGAGUUGGAUGACAUUGUUGUGAGACUGAGUGAAAUACGGAUAGCACACCGUACCACAGGGCACCGGCUCGGCAGUGGAAUAGGCAUAGGUGCGGGAACAAGUAGAGGGCCAGGGGUGGGGAGCAGGGCCGGCGGGGGCAUAGGAGGCACAGGUGGCCCACCUCCACAUCAUUAUGUCCACAGGGACCUCCUGCCUACAAUCUUCAGAGUAAACUUUGGUAGCUUCUACUCCCAUCCUGCAUACUCUUGUGACCCAUUGCACUAUGUUCGAAAACCAGACAUGAAGAAGAAACGGGGACGGCCUCCAAAACUGAGGGAGUCCAUGUCUGAGGUUCCUUUUUUACCUGGGCUUGGAUUCCCACUGUCCAGUGGAGGCUUCUAUCACCCCUCCUACAGCGUUCCUUACUCCUCUGGGCCCCUGGGGUUGGGCUAUUACAGAGGCUAUCCUGCAGCUAGUGCUCUUUAUCCCCACCCACACCACCAGGCACCCCACACAGCCCAAUCCCAUCACUCUCACCACUCACCAUCUUUCCCUCCUCCUCCCCCAACAUCUUAUAUGCAUCAUCAUCACCCCUCACAUCUCCUGCUGAACCCCUCCAAAUUUCACAAGAAAAAACACAAGCUGCUUAGGCAGGAGUUCCUUGGAGGAGCGAGGUCCCCUGUCCUUUACCCACCCAUGUCCUCUGAGCUUUCCUUCAACUGGCACCACAAACACAAACACAGACACAAACACAGAGAGCGCUGUGCAGAGGAGGACAGAGAGGAAGCGUCAAGAAGUGGAUCAGGGAGCCGGGCUAAUGCAGGGAUAUCUGACAGUGGAGCAUCAGGGAAAGGAGAGCGAGUUGGCAGUUUAGGAAUGGCCGAGUCUUUACAAAGAUGCCGCUUUGGACGAGACACCUCCAGCACCAGCACCAGUGCCAGCAAGCCAACUGCUUCCACCUCUGCCAACUCCCCUUCUUCUUCCUCAACCUCAUCUGCAGAAAGGUACAAGCGCAAAGAGAGCUCAAUGUCCUGUCUAGGCCCUUCCAGGCUCGCAUUGGGUAGUAGCUCAAAAGGCCACCACCCAGUGGAGUCCUGGUUCAGGAUGGGCAGCUCUGAGGCAGACUACUCUAAGCUUUCACGGGGUCAUGUGAUGCCUGGCCAGGGUCCCUUCUCAGAGGGACGGGCUGAAGACCCAGCGGGCUGCUCGGACAGCGAAGACGAGGAGCCUCUCACGCCCACAGAGGAUGUCGAGCCUGGAGCCCAUGAUUCUCCAAACUUCACAAAUCUCUUUGCAUCUGCUCUCACCCGCACUACGCUGAAGGGGGGCAGGAGCAGGAAGACUGAGGUUGUCCCGGAGAGCUCCAGCUUUUCCCGCAUGGACCGGCCAAUGAGGAAAGACCGCUCAACAUCAGCAGAAAGGAGAGAGAUGGGGUCAUCAAGUAUUCAGGCAAGAGGUGUUGCCCUCCCGACCCCUGAAGGUCCCGAAGGAUCCCUGCACCACCGGCAGCAGCACCAUCACCAGCCUUCUCUGUUUCACUCCCACAGCUCGGCCUCCUCCUCCUGCCUCUCUCCCUCUCAGGACUGCUGCCUGGAUGCCUCCCUGCCCCACCACUCCCACCGGGCACAGCCAUCCAAACACAGCCUGCACCAUGUCAACAAAAUCCUACGUGCCAAGAAACUGCAGAGACAGGCUCGUACAGGAAACAAUGUGGUGAAGAAGAGGGGCCCCGGACGUCCCAGGAAACACCCGUUACCCUCCCCACCGCCAUCACCACCCCCUGUCGUUGAGUUGAACCCGACCCGGCAAAGGGACAGAGGGGGAGAACGGCCUGCCGGGGUCAGGGGCUGGGAGGGGGACACUGUGACUGAUGCUAUUGAGGCAGUAGUUCAGGGACAGCGUAGAAAAGGCCAGAAAAGGAAGCACUGGGAGAGAGACGGGGAUGAGGAGGAAGAAGAAGAGGAAGAAGAGGACGGGGAGGUAGAAGAGACUGAGGAGCGCCUGCCAGACAGAGAGGAGAACCUGGGAAACCUGGUGGCAAGGGCCAAAACUGGGACAGGAAGAAGCUGGCUUACUCAGGAGGAGCUCCAGCAUUUUCGUGGCUCAAUGGAAAGCAAGCCAGAUGGCCCCGUCUCCCCAGAAUGCCCAGGCACUGUCUCAAGGGAACAAGCUCCACCCAUUUCCAUACCCAGCCAACGGGAGAAGAGACCAGCGAGACCUCCAAAAAAGAAGUUCCAGAAGGCGGGUCUUUACUCUGACGUGUACAAGACACAAGAUCCCCGGAGUCAACUUCUGCAGCUAAAGAAAGAGAAGCUAGAAUACAUACCUGGGGAACAUGACUAUGGGUUGUUUCCAGCUCCUAUACAUGUUGGGAAGUACCUGCGACAGAAGCGUAUUGAUUUCCAGUUGCCUUACGACAUCUUAUGGCUGUGGAAACACGAUCAGCUUUACAAGAGGCCCGAUGUCCCCCUGUAUAAAAAGAUCAGAUCAAAUGUCUAUGUGGACGUGAAGCCUCUCUCUGGAUAUGAAACAACGACGUGCAGCUGUAGGGGUCCUGAGGGCUCAGCUGAGAAAGGCUGCCUGGAUGAAUGCCUGAAUAGGAUGAGCUUUGCAGAGUGCUCUCAAAGCACCUGUCCGUGUGGCGAGUACUGUGACAACCAGCAUAUCCAGAAACACGACUGGGUCCAGUGUCUGGAGCGGUUCCGCGCUGAGGGCAAGGGCUGGGGCAUCCGCACCAAGGAGUCUCUCCGCUCUGGACAAUUUAUCAUUGAGUACCUGGGAGAGGUUGUUAGCGAACAGGAGUUCAGGAGCCGAAUGAUGGAGCAGUACUUCUCCCACAGUGGCAACUACUGUCUGAACCUGGAUAGCGGCAUGGUGAUCGACAGCUAUCGAAUGGGCAAUGAGGCGCGCUUCAUAAACCACAGCUGUGAUCCCAACUGUGAGAUGCAGAAGUGGUCCGUGAACGGGGUUUACAGAAUCGGUCUCUUUGCCCUCAAGGAGAUCAGCAGCGGCACUGAGCUCACCUACGACUACAACUUCCAUUCCUUCAACACAGAAGAGCAGCAAGUGUGUAACUGUGGCUCAGAGACCUGCCGCGGCAUCAUCGGUGGGAAAAGCCAACGCAUUAACGGCCUGCCUCCGAAGACGGGAGGGACUCGGCGGCUGGGUCGACUUAAGGAGAAAAGGAAAUCCAAACACCAGCUCAAGAAACGAGAGGAAGAGUCGAGUGACAGCAACAAGUUUUACCCUCAUCUCAUGAAGCCCAUGUCCAACAGAGAGAGAAACUUUGUGCUGAAGCACCGAGUGUUUCUCCUGAGGAACUGGGAGAAGAUGAGGGAAAAACAGGAGCUGCUGAAGAGAGAGGGCGAGAGAGAGCGGGACUCCAGCAGCCUUUCCAUAUACACACGCUGGGGAGGAGUCAUCCGCGACGACGGCAACAUUAAGUCGGAUGUGUUCCUGACGCAGUUCUCAGCUCUGCAGACGUCACGGUCGGUUCGUACGCGGAGACUCGCCGCUGCCGAGGAAAACACAGAAGUCACGCGCACUGCUCGCCUCGCACACAUCUUCAAAGAGAUUUGUGACAUGAUCACCAGCUACAAGGAUUCCGCCGGUCAGACGCUUGCUGCUCCACUGGUGAAUCUUCCUUCACGGAAGAGGAACAGCCAGUACUAUGAGAAGGUGUCUGACCCUCUGGACCUGAGCACCAUCGAGAAGCAGAUCCUCACGGGCCACUACAAGACCGUUGAAGCGUUCGACAUGGACAUGCUUAAAGUGUUCCGCAAUGCCGAGAAAUAUUACGGCAGGAAGUCAUCAGUGGGCAGGGACGUGUGUCGGUUGCGGAAAGCCUACUACAGCGCUCGCCAUGAAGCCGCCGUCCAGAUUGAUGAGAUCGUGGGCGAGACUGCCAGCGAGGCCGACAGCUCGGAUUCACUGGAGCGGGACCACGGCCACGGAGGAGGAGGGCCGGGGUCCCACGACAAGGACGACGACAUCAUCCGUUGCAUCUGUGGAAUGUACAAGGACGAGGGACUGAUGAUCCAGUGUGAAAAGUGCAUGGUAUGGCAGCACUUUGACUGUAUGCGGCUGGAGACCGAGGUAGAGCACUACCUGUGUGAGCAGUGUGACCCUCGGCCUGUAGACGGGGAAGUUCCCAUGAUUCCCCAGCCCAGCUACGCUCAGGCCGGCUCUAUCUACUACAUCUGCCUCCUGAGAGACGAACUGCUGCUACAUCAAGGCGACUGUGUGUAUCUGAUGAGAGACAGCAGACGCACACCUGAGGGCCAGCCUGUCAGACAGUCUUACCGUCUCCUGUCCCACAUCAACCGAGAUAAGCUUGACAUCUUCCGAAUUGAGAAACUCUGGAAGAAUGAAAAGGGUGAGAGGUUUGCCUUUGGCCACCACUACUUCCGUCCCCACGAGACACAUCAUUCUCCAUCACGACGGUUCUACCAGAAUGAGCUUUUCCGGAUGCCGCUCUACGAGAUCAUCCCCCUGGAGUCAGUGGUGGGAACCUGCUGUGUCCUCGAUCUCUACACUUACUGCAAGGGUCGGCCAAAGGGCGUGAAAGAGCAGGAUGUUUACAUCUGCGAUUACCGCCUGGACAAGUCGGCUCACCUGUUCUACAAGAUCCAUCGUAACCGCUACCCAGUCUGCACCAAGCUAUACGCCUUCAACCAUUUCCCCAAGCGGCUGGCGCCUAAAAGAGACUUCUCGCCUCAUUAUGUUCCUGACAACUACAAGAGGAACGGGGGCCGCUCGGCCUGGAAGAGCGAACGACCGAAAGGAGCUGGAGGCGGCGAGGACGACGGCUCUUCCUGCGAGCGGGGUGACGACUUCCCACCGGAGACGGAAGAAGGGAGAGGAGUGGAGGACGACAUGGACAUGGCUACGGAGGAUCCUGAAGUGAACUCAGCGAAGCCCAGGAGAACGGAGCAGGAAGGGGAGGGAGAGGAGGAUGAAGAUGAUGAGGAUGAGGAAGAGGAAGGACAGGAGGCUGCGGAGCGCAAGGAGCUGGAAGAGGCUACUGCCGAGAGGAUCGGAGAGAUGCUUGAACUCCCGUCCUCCUCAGCAUCCUCGCCGUUACACCACCCAGUGCUGGGCAGGAGGGAGGCCCAGAGGGACCGACUGAACAAAAUUCUGUUGGAUCUGCUGCACAAAACUCCCAGCAAGAAUGGUGAGGGACCGGGAACAAAGCAGGGGGCCAUAGAUGUCAGCUAUCUCUUGGAGGAGGGCGCAGGGCGGCGGCUACGGCGACGGACGCUUGGUUUCGGUGAUUUCGUGGGGAGGAAAUAACGUUGCUACGUGCCUGUCAAGCACACUGCUUUUAACCUUGUGAGCAAGUGCAGAAAAUGGAGCGAAAGCAAGAGGGAGAGAUGAGCAGUGCUGGUUCCUGACCAUUAAGGACCACAUUGCAUCCCUCGGGGGCCUCUUCCGGUUUACCUCUUCCAAGACUGUCAUCUCUAAUCUGAGAGCGUGGAGGGGGUUUGGAAGCGCUGACUCCGUGGCAGUUCUAGCUUUUCCGAAGUUCUCCAGGAGCACGAAGAGAGAGCUAACCCAGACUUCUUGCUUAUUUAAGUAGUUUGAUGCAAAACCUGUUUUUCAAGAAAAAAACCGAACAUAGGAGAAAAACCCAUGCACUUAAAUGCAUUGAAACGUGACAGACGUGGGCGGAUGAAUUGAAACAAGUGGUACGGAGUUCGGGGGGGCGGAGAGAGGGAGAGGGACGGUUCUUCCUUUCAUUCAGUGGUGAUGUGAAUGCUGGAGAAUCGGUUCAAUGCUGCAAUGACUAAAUGCAAACAAGCGAGAGAAGAGAAGAUCAGCGCCGGGAAGGGGGGGGUGGGGGGGGCGUGGCUUCGUAGAAAUGUAAGUUGAGCAGCGUGCUCAGAUGCUGCUCAUGAGAAAGAGAACAAGGGCGGUGGAACUGCACUUUUGGUACCAUGGAUAUUGUGAAGCUCUGUGUAAUGUAUCUAUAAUGAAAACACACUAACACUCUCACAGUAUUUGAUGAUGCAGUCUGAAAAAAAGAAAAAAAAUGAAAUGCGAGUUAAAAAAGUCUAUUAUCUUUUCCCUGUUAUACUGUAGUUGCUCAUUUAGGAACAGAAGAGGCCGGGUGGCGUGUUUAUUAACGGGGCGGGGGGGGGAGAUUGAGUGUGCGCUUUAGUCAGUCAAAGUGUCUUGUUGAGGUUUUAUUUUAUUUUUUAUUUUCUUGUGAGGCAGUCAGCUCGGCCCCUCUCUUUUUUUGAAGUAACAUGAUUCACCAGCUUAACUAAAUCAGGCAUGCGUGGGGGACACUGGCUUUAACAGUAACGCCUUACACAGCUGUGCUCUCCGGCGGCCUUGCGUGCGAGUGUGUGCGUGCGUACACACUUUUAUUGUGUGUCUGUACUCUGCCAGAUUUCUUGAAAAUAUACCUUUUUAAAAAAAAAGAAAAAAAAAUUAAGGGCUCGAUGGCAAUUAACAGUUUUAAGAAAACUAUGGAAAACAAUACUUAACAUGAAAUGUAUCGUGAUGGUCAUAUUUUCUUAUAUUCUGUGAGACGGGUGGGGCGGUGUAUACUGUAUAUUGGGAGGGGACGGGGACUUAGCAUCUUUUCUUGUCUUUAGACUAUGUUCCUGGUUGCCAUGGAGAAUGUUUCAAAAAGGAAAUUGUGAUAUUUGAUGAGAUUUCUUUUUUUUUCCCCAAAUGCCUCUGCUAAAAAGGGACAAGCCUGCAAUGUCCCCGUGCGGUAAACUGACAAGAGACGUGACAGGAAUGAGACACUGAGGGAGAGGCGGUCGAGAGGGAACGGGAAGCUGUACAGUGCCAAGUUAUGUAAAUAUAUACACUUUACAUUGAGGAGUGUCUCCAAAAAGCAAUAUCUUGAAAAUGGAUUUUGUUUAUUAUUGUACUGUACAGGACUCAGCCCUAAAUGUAUUAUUAUAAUAAUGAUAAUAUUAUAAUUUCUUCCGUUUGUAUUACUAUAAUGAAGACACUUAAGCUCGGAGGAAAAAUGAUUUUUUUAAAUGUCCAGAAAAUCUCACCGUAAAUUUCCUGACGACGUAAAAACUGAAGCAGAGUUUUCGUUGCCUAUAAAUGAAAUUCAUCUAUGUACUGCAUGAACAAGAGGAAUGUCGGAACGGACACGAAGGCAUUGGGACAUGACAGUGACUCAGCAAGACACCUUGUCACUGAAUAUUGUUAAUAAUAUUUACUUUUAAGGAGAAAUGUACUCCUUGUUUUUUUGCUGCAAAGUGUUGAACACUAAAAAAACAAACCAACAUAAAAAUGUUAUGAUAUUUUUAAAACGGCGACAGAAACAAAAGUAACGCUGUCUGCCCGAUAUCAUGUUAUUAUUUUUUGUUUUUCCGUUUUUCUUUCAAAUAGGAAAUGGUUCCGUUUCGUGAUAGCGGUCAUUGUAUGAUGCUUGUACUUGUAUUUGUGUGUUUUUUGUGUGAUUCGUUUAGUUAUUUUUAGACAAUCACAAAAUAAGAUGCAAGCAUUGUAAAUGGCAGACUGGCGGACAUUUUGUGAUGUGUACAGUUUGUCAAAAAAAAAUACUUCUUCCACUCGUUUAAAAGUUUGUAAUUAUGAUUCUUAAGUCAUGAAAAAUGCUGUUGGUUUUUACUUUUUGUUUUAUAUUUGUUUUUUUGUUUGUUUGUUUUUUUAAUAAAAAGCACUACAUUAUUGUGAAUACA